CUAAUUCUUCUCCUGAAACAAUACUAAUAAUAAAAUCAUCGCUGGUAAACCGUAUUCGAUUUGGAUUAAUCGUUAACAAUGUGCGUCUAUAUACAGGACCGUGGGUAAGCUUUGCCGGAGAAUUGAUCUGCUUCUUCUUUCUUAGUUAAUUUUUCUGAAGUCGAAAGAAACAAUGGCUCCAUCACUUCUUAAAAUUUUAGCUUUUAUUGCCGCGGAAGAAAAAAGGAAACUAGAUUUGGAAAAGAAUUCAAUGGGGAGGAGGAGGGAUGGUUGGGAUGAUGAUCAUGAAGAAGACGAAACAGGCAAUGAGCUGCCUCCGCCGCCGCCGCCACCGCCGCCGCCACCGCCGCCACAGGUGCCCACAUCGGAGAUGAGCCGUCCUGAUUUUUCCCCUGAAGCACGUCGGCGCUCAAGGACUACAAGAGAAACUUUAGGCCGGAAAAGAUCGACAGAGGACGGGACGCCGGUAAUGGAGAAGUUCAAUGAUAGGAAUGAUUACCAGGAAGUUUUACGGAAAGAAAGAUUGUUGAAGAGGCCUUUGGAGAAAAGAGUCAAGAACGAAGUUCAAAAUCCUAACUUUCCGAAAGAUGGUCCUGAGAUUCGACCCCGGAAUACUGGAAUAGUGAUUAGAGAAGGUGGUGUUCUUGAGAGACCAAAUGAUAAUCAGAGUCAGAGAAAACAAAUCAACACGAAUUCGGGAAAGAGGCCUUUGGAAGACAACUCUGUGGAUGGUCGGAAGAGACUCAAGAAACGGAAUUUCCAACGAAUCUUGAAUUCGGAUGAUUUUGAUGCUGAUGGUCGUCAAAUAAGGUUUGGAAGGAAGAAAUUCUUGAAUGAAAGUAAAGCUGUUGCAGGGGAUGCAGAAGAAGAAGCGAAACAGAGGAAAAAGAAGCAGAAAACUGAUGUGAAGAAUGACGACGUUCAAGAAGCAAUAUUGCCGGAAGAAGUCAUGGAUAGAAUUCGCAGAAAAGCACGAGCUAAAGGAGUUGAUAAUGAUGAUGACCUGAAACUCAAGUUCUUGAUACAAAAGGAUCUGAAGAAGAGUGAUAUUGACAGGCAACAAAAUCGCUUCAGUGUUUCAAUCAAUCAGUUGCAAAAUGAAUUUCUUGAGGACACAGAAAAAAGGCGCCUCUCAGAACGUGACUUCUUCUACCGGGUUCCUAUCAUAGAGCCGUCGGGCCAAGUGGAAACUGUGACCUUGAGCAUGUGGUUGGUUGGCAGGACUACCCCAUCUUACAUUCUGAAUGGGAAUUGGAAACAUGUUGUAACCAACAAUGGUCCGCUUCUUGUCGGCCAAAAGGUGCAAUUAUGGUCAUUUAGGAUUAAAGGGCAGCUGAAUUUCGCCUUCGUUACGCUUCCUGCAGGAGACAUGAGGAGGGAAGAAGAUAACAGACGAGAAAGACAAGUAGUUCACCAAAGGAAUGUGGAUGAGGCACCAUCAUCACAGGCUACUACGGCUUCCGUUAGCCCUCAUGAGUAUUUUCAUCUGAGUGACCUAGAGCAUGAUAUUGAUGAUGGGUCUGCGUCGCUGGCGCCAUCGACAUCUGUCUUCAGGAAGAUCUCAUGA